GAUCCCGAAUAGCACUGACCGUAAAGAAAUGGGACUCUGCUGAUUGGAUAUUUUGUGAAAAGUCGUAACCCGAAAACCAGGAAGUGCAGUGUGAAGGUUGGCGCAGUAGCAGCGCAAACAUGGGGGUGAAAAUCGAGGUGUUUCGUAUGAUGCUGUAUUUGUCCUUCCCUGUAACCAUGUUCUGGAUCUCCAACCAAGCAGAGUACUUUGAAGAAUAUAUUGUGAAGAGAAAGAGGGAGAUUUUCCCCCCCGAUGAGAAGAUGCAUAGGAAGGAGCUGGAAGACUUCAAAGAGCGGAUGCGAGACCGCAAGGAGCGGCGGCUACUGAAACGAAUGGCCUUGGAGGAGGCUGAGAAGGAGUGAGGAGGACCGUGCAGGGAGACAAUCGGAGGAGGACGAUGUCCCCAAUGCCCAAUCAUCUGCCUGUUUUUCUACUUGUUGUUCCACAGGAGGGGGAGCAGUGUCACUGUCAUGCCCAUGGGCUGGAACAUGUGUUGCGUCACAAAAGGCACCCUAUUACCUAUUUAGUAUACUACUUUGACCAUGGCCCAUAGGGCUCUGGUAAAACGUAGUGCACUGUAUAGGAUAAAGAGUGCCAUUUGGGGUUGGAGGAUUUCGUGGAGUAUGUAGGCUAUGCUAUACACCGUUUGGGAGGGUGUGCUUGAGGGGGACCUUCAAGUUACCCCUUUGAACUGAAUAGUCUUGCUGAAAAGAUUUUAAUUAAAUGCUUUAUUUCACUGCAAUCAAACAGACUUUAUUGCUGAUGAUCUGCUCUGUGAUGGUGUUGUUGUAAAACAUUGAGUGUGUAUGAUUGUCUCAAAAAAAAAUGUGUGAUUGAAAUUUGAGGACAGAAGCAUAUGGCUUGGAAUAUAAUUUAUUUACAUUUUUUGGAAUACAUGUCUUUUGUACAUGGGUGUUUCAACAUUGUUCUUCAUUAAAGUUUAAAUGUGUCUUUG